CUUCAUGAAUUAGCUGAAGAAUAUGAUCAUAAUGAAUGGAAAUGAACAAGCAGAGAAGAUCUAGACUAUGAGGAGACCAUUUUUUAUCACUCUGCAACAAGCUUGUCUCCACCAUGACUUCUUCCCUCGAUUUGGACAAGAAAUUCAAGGAGAAACGUCAAGAAGGAACCAAGGAAUCUUUACGAAGAAGAUACAGCAGCCAGCUCUAAAGGAUGCCAUUAAGGGUGCAGAUGUUGUGUUAACAUUGUUGACUGGUGCAUUUUCUUGCAAACUGGAGAGAACUUUAUUGGGUUUGGUUAUAAUUGAUGAAGCUGCUCAGACACUUGAAAUAGCAUGCUGGAUAGCUCUACUAAAGAUCGAGAUGUAUCCUUUUAAGAGACCAUCUUCAGCUUACCUGAGACGAAGGGGUGGGAAGAACCUGUAUGGAUAUGAAAUUAGGAUGUCGAAAUCUCAACUGUUGAUGGUUUCCAAGGUUCAAAGAAGGAAGCUAUUGUCAUUUCCACGGUUCGAUCAAACACAUCCAAUUAAAGAGGGUUUCCAAGUGACUGUAGGGGAAUGAACGUGGCGGCGACACAAGUGUCUAUGACACAGAAACAUUUGUUGAUGGAUUCUUAAACUUGAUUUGGCUGAGCACUUUGAGGAGCAUGAUGAGUAUCUAAGUGGCUCUAGAUUCUGUAAUUAUUUCUUUGCAGCGGCCUGCUGAAGUGUUUAUACUGUGGCGUUGGGUUUGAGUACCCCUUUGUGCUUUCCUUCAAUGAAAUCAAAAAAGGGAUGAUGUGUGUAUUUUAAAUAUUGGGGUUGACAUUGAAGGUUGAUAUACAAUAGCUAUUGCAAGUUGUCCUGAGAAGUAUUAGAUCUGGAGUUGGACUAUUAGAUGUUGAGAGAUGCCACUGAAACUUGAUUAUGAAUUGAUGUUUGAAGUCAUUUGUAAGGAUCUCAUUUUAUUUUUCGAUCAGAGAAUCCCCAGUGGAAAGGAUUCAAGUGUUCAGUUUUAACAUUUAAAGUAUACAACAGCAGAGGAGAAAGUAGGAAUAGCGGUGGAGGUAGAGAUGAAGUCGAAGAGGAAAUCACUUGCUAUCACGCUGCAGCACUUCAUCUGAACCACAACUCCUUUAGUUGAUUUGGACGAGGUUCUUUUUUCCAUUCUCUUCUAUUUUCUGACUCAAUGGCGCUAGUGAUUGCUUAUUCUUUGCAUGUUGUCGCUCUGCAACACUUUUGCUAUGAUGGAGGCCAAAGUGGUGUUUUGAUAGCCAUCUUUUGUGUUUAUUGAUAUCUCUUUAAAGACUUAGAAAUAGAGAAUCUGAUUGUUGGGUUUUGGAACCAUGGGAUAUGGGAGAAUAGAAUGUCUUUUUCACA